CAGACAAUAUUGAACGAGACAAAAUGGUCUACGACGUCGUUUACCAUUUUGGUUCUUCCUUGUUCUCUCACCCCGACUCGUUCACUGACUCGGUUGGUGCUUGAUUCGUGCCGAUGAAGUGCCGAUCCGUGGCCUGCCUCUGGUCUCGAGCUCCUCCAUCUCAUCGAGUCACCGCCACAGCCUCUCUAACAAAUCCACCGACUCUCUAUACCGGUGGAUCCGAUGGGUCAAUCAUCUGGUGGAGCAUCUCGUCUUCUUCCGAGUCCAAUUCGGUAACUCGUCUCUCGUCUUCCGAGAUUAAGCCGAUUGCUAUGUUGUGUGGCCAUACUGCACCAAUAGUGGAUCUUGCCGUUUGUGAUCCUACUACGGUUUCAGGGAACGGAGUUACAUCAGAUUGUUCGGAUAAUGGUAACGCGGAUCCGUUUGUUAACUGUUGUGCAUUGAUCAGUGCUUGUUCUGAUGGUGUAUUGUGUGUAUGGAGUAGAAGUAGUGGUCAUUGUAGGCGGCGUAGAAAGUUACCUCCUUGGGUUGGAAGUCCGUCGAUUUUGUGUACUUUGCCAUCAGAGCCUAGAUAUGUAUGUGUUGGGUGUUCUUAUAUUGAUACUCAAUCUGUUGAUACUGUUGAUGGGGCUGAGACUUUAGCAGAUACUGAUUUUCAGAACAGGAAACCGUCGAGGUGUACUGUGGUGGUUGUUGAUACUUAUACUCUUACGAUUGUUCAUACAGUUUUCCAUGGGAAUUUGUCUAUUGGUUAUUUGAAUUUUAUGGGUGUGGUGCAAUUGGAGGAGCAGGAAUCGUUGCUUAUGGCGGAUUCGUUUGGUAGGUUGCAGUUGGUUCCUGUGUCAGAGAAUUCUGAGAAGGGUGAAGAUGUAUCUGAGUCGAGCAAAGGCUCUGUCGUGUCUAGGAACUGGUUAAAUGAAGGGGAAAUAGCUGUAUCAGUGAUAACCCGAGGGAAGCUUGUUGCUUUUUUCUCAAAGAAUAGGUGUGUCUUUUGGUUGUUGAAUCGCGAGGAGGCAAUAGGAGAGAUAUCUUUUGUUGAUGAUUCGCUUUGUUCUGAAAAUCAUCCUCCAAAUUUUCAUUUCAAAGAAGCAAUGAUACUUUACUCUAGUACAUCAACUAUCGAAGGUGAUAAAGAUGAUAGAAUUUCCGAAACUUUUGUGCUGUGGGAUGAUAGUGGUUCAGCUGUGCUGUUUGUUAUGUCAUAUAUAGAUGGAGAUUUUACAUAUAAAAACCUCGGUGAGAUUGUUACUUCCCCUGAUAAGCGUUCCGUUAAAUCAACGUUUUGUUUUGUACAGUUGAGGCAGUAUCUUCUUCGCGUUGAGUCUACCUGUUGUGAUGUUGAACAACCUUCUCAAUGGAGGCCCCAUAUAACUGUCUGGUCACUAUGCCUAGGAGGAAUAGGUAGUGAAAAAGAACUUCAGCGCAAAUUGCUUGGAGAAGGCUCCUAUUUUGCUGAUUGGAUUUCAAGCUGUUGUUUAGAUCCCACGGGCUCCAUUAGUGCAGAAACUGGUAUUUCCCAUUUAGGAAGUCAAUGUCGUACCGAAAAUGGUCUACAAAGCUUUGUUAGUGACAAUAGACAGUGCGUGUCAUCGUCCAUGGUUAUUUCUGAGAACUUGUAUGUCCCAUAUGCUGUUGUCUGUGGUUUCUUUAGUGGUGAGAUAGAAAUUGCAAAGUUUGAUUUUCUUCAUGGACUUGAUUCUCCUGCUUCAAGCCCUAGAUCAGACACUGAUUCACUCGUCUCUAGACAGCGUCUUUUGGGACAUACAGGAUCUGUUCUAUGCUUAGCAGCACAUCGAAUGUUUGGGGAUGCAAAUGGAUGUAGUUCUUCUCAUGUUUUGAUCUCCGGAAGUAUGGACUGUACCAUCCGCAUUUGGGAUCUCGAAAGUGGAAAUGUAAUCAUGAUCAUGCAUCAUCAUGUUGCUCCGGUGCGCCAGAUCAUUCUAGCCCCAGCUCGAACAGAACGCCCAUGGAGCAAUUGCUUUCUAUCUGUUGGGGAUGAUUCAUGUGUUGCUCUUUCUUCUCUUGAGACUUUGCGUGUUGAAAGGAUGUUUCCUGGGCACCCAAACUAUCCUACAAAAGUCGUAUGGGAUGGUACAAGAGGCUACAUUGCAUGUCUUUUCCGCUCCCUUUCGAGAAAAUCAGAUCCAAUUGAUGUCUUGUACAUUUGGGAUGUGAAGACAGGUGCUCGGGAACGUGUCCUCAAUGGGGCAGCUUCACAUUCGAUGUUUGAUCAUUUCUGUGCAGGCAUUAGUGAGAAAUCUUAUUCUGGCACUGUGUUAAAUGGAAAUACGUCAGUUUCUUCUUUGCUUUUCCCAGUAGACGAAGAGAGGAAACCAUUUUAUUUGAAGAACUAUGAGCGAGCAGCCUCUUUGUCAACAUCUAAGCCAAGUGCUUCGCAGGAAAAGGCUAGAGAAGAGAGUUCUAUUGCUUCGUCUUUUCUCCAAAGCAUCAGAUACCCUCCCAUCAAAUGCACUUGCCCAUUCCCUGGAAUAUCUACUCUGAUUUUCGAUCUUUCGUCUUUAGCAGUUUCUUGUCAAACACAUGAAGACUCUGAUAUGCAUAAGAUGCUAGAAGAGAAGAGUGAUAAGCCAACUGCUCAGCAGAAGACUUCAAAUGACAAGUCUCCUGUCCAGAAGACUCUAGAUAACCCUGCAGAAGUUGUUCACAUGGACAAGGCAAUUGGGGAAUAUCUAAUUCGAUUUAGUUUAUCCUUUCUGCAUUUGUGGGGUAUAGAUUCUGAACUCGAUCAAAUGCUAGUAGCACAUCUAAAGCUAAAAAGACCAGAGAGUUUUAUUGUAACCUCCGGUUUGCAGGGGGACAAAGGGUCAUUGACAUUAGCAUUCCCGGGUUUGAAUGCAACACUUGAGCUCUGGAAAUCAUCUUCGGAGUUUUCUGCGUUGAGGUCAGUGAUGAUGGUGUCGCUUGCUCAAUGCAUGAUAAGUCUGUCACAUUCCACUGCCACAUAUAGCAGCAACUUGGCUGCAUUCUACACACGAAAUCUGGCUGAGAAAUAUCCAGAUCUGAAGCCACCAUUACUCCAGCUUUUGGUAACUUUCUGGCAAGAUAAAAGCGAACAAGUCCGUAUGGCUGCUCGGUCAUUAUUCCACCACACUGCUUCUUUGGCAAUACCUCUUCCAUUAUGCAGUGAUCACGCAUCUGAACACACAAAACUGGUGAGAUCCCUGUCUGGAAUCAGUCUGAACGAACCUAAAGUUCUUAGCACAGUGGAAGAACAUCCCACAAACAGUGUGGACUCUGAGCAUAUCCAUCAAGCUCAACGGCUUUCUCAGGCUGAGGAGUCAGAACUACUCUCCUGGCUUGAAUCUUUUGAAAUGCAAGACUGGAUUUCUUGCGUUGGGGGAACAAGUCAGGACGCAAUGGCGGCUCACAUCAUUGUUGCGGCUGCCUUAUCAGUCUGGUACCCAAGUCUAGUAAAACCUGGUCUAGCCAUGCUAGUCGUCCACAAAUUGUUGAACCUUGUUAUGGCCAUGAGUGAGAAAUACAGCUCGACUGCUGCGGAGCUUCUCUCAGAAGGAAUGGAGACUACAUGGAAAACAUGGAUCGGACCUGACAUUCCUCGGAUAGUUUCAGACAUAUUUUUCCAAAUAGAGUGUGUCAGUUCCUCAGUCGGAGCACAUCAAACUGUACCAUCGUCUAUAAAGGAGACUCUGGUCGAAAUUCUUCUUCCAAGUUUAGCCAUGGCGGAUGUCCUUGGAUUUCUUAGCAUAAUAGAGAGCCAAAUAUGGUCUACAGCUUCUGAUUCUCCUGUUCAUGUAGUAUCUCUCAGAACUCUCAUCAGAAUAAUCCGUGCUGCUCCUAGAAAUCUGGUACUGCAUCUUGAGAAGGCAGUUAAUUUUGUUCUUCAAACGAUGGACCCAAGCAACACUGUCAUGCGUAAAACUUGCCUGCAAACCUCAAUGGCUACACUGAGAGAAGUUGUGCGUGUAUUUCCAAUGGUAAUCCUAAACGAUUCAUUAACAAGGUUAGCAAUCGGCGAUGCUAUCACAGAGAUCAACAAUGCAUGUAUUCGCAUAUAUGACAUGCAAAGUAUGACAAAAAUAAAGGUUUUAGAUGCGAGUGGCCCUCCGGGUCUACCAAAUUUUCUCAGAGCUUCGGAAUCUGCAGUAACAACAGCUAUCUCAGCUCUCAGCUUUUCACCUGAUGGAGAGGGAUUGGUUGCGUUUUCAGAAAACGGUUUGAUGAUCAGAUGGUGGUCACUAGGAUCGGUUUGGUGGGAGAAAAUAAGCCGAAGUCUCACACCUGUUCAAUGCACAAAACUGAUAUUUAUCCAUCCAUGGGAUGGAUUUUCAUCAAACUCUUCUCGAACAAGCGUGAUCUCAAGUAUCACAAGCGACGAACAAGAACUUCCUCUUCAGGAAACCGCAAAGAACAUAAGCCACGUAGAGCGGCUAAAGCAGCUUGUUCAGCAUCUUGAUCUCUCUUAUCGCCUCGAAUGGGCCAGUGAACGCAAAGUAGUUCUAACCAGACACAGUGUUGAGUUGGGCACUUGCCUGUUGUGACAGCCAGUGUAAGAAUUCAGAAAAAUCACAACCCAAGUACCUCAUUUUGCUCGAGAGUUUUGUGUUGCAGCUUUCCAGUUAUGAGUUUCUUAGGAACUAUCCGGAGAAUGAGAAGUUUUUUUGUUCGUGUGUCUGAAAACAAGAAUGUUUUUUUCUCUUUGUAUAUGAAAUUAUUUAUAAAUAUAAACCUGAGAAAGUGAUUGUUAUAGAUAAAUUAUCCAAUUUCCUGAUAGAAGAACGACAGGGAGAUUUUAGAAA